CGUAUCGUAAAUAUGGCUGCAGACUCCGAACACAGGCAUCGGCCUGGGGCUUUCAAACAGCAAAAUAAGGCACAUAAACAUGGUAAACAUAGAAGCAAGGGAGCUCUGGAGAAAGAGACAAAAGGUCGAACUAAUGUUAUAUCUCUGACAAAAAAGACAAAGAAACUCACAAGCAAGCUGAACAGGAGGAAUCAAGCCUCACAGUUGAGAAAGCUGAAAAGAGAUGAAGUUUUGAAUCAGAAGCGUCAACGCGGGGGAACCAACUGCCCACCCUUGUCAGUGGUUGUUCUGCCAUUGUGUGAGGGUGUAGAUAGCCAGUCUGUUGUGAAGCUGCUGGGCAGAAGUGAUGAUGAGGCAGUGGUUACAUCAUCUACUACUGGAGCUACACACAUCAGUGUACCAAGAUUUAAACAGAGGUUUUCAUUUCUACAACCAAACAGAGAGAAAUUGUAUGAUGUUCUUGAUGCUCUCAAAGUUGCUGAUGCCAUUUUACUCAUCAUGUCUGCUGAGUAUGGGAUUGAUGCCUUUGGGGAGCAUAGCUUAUCCUGUUUGCAAGCGCAGGGAAUGCCAUCUGCUGUUCAUGUUGUACAGGGCCUCAAGACAAUACCAGAUAAAAAACUGACAGAUUGUAAAAAGAUGUUACAGAAACAUUUAGACAAACGGUUUCCUCGUGAGAAGUUCCAUGGAGUGGACACUGAGCAGGAUGGCUUACUGGUCCUCAGGCAGCUGGGAAAUCAAAAACUUAAGCACAUAAAAUAUUGUGAAAAUAGAUCACAUUUGAGUGCAGAGGAAGUCACGUUUACACCAGCAGAAGGUGAUAGUCAUGUUGGCACUUUAUGUGUAAGUGGUUACAUUAGGGGUCAAGCAUUAUCAGUCAAUGGACUCGUUCACCUUCCUGGAUGGGGAGACUUUCAGAUGUCAAAGAUUGAGGCACCCCCUGAUCCACAUCCCUUGGUCCUUAGAGGGAAGACAAAGAAAAUGGAUGCUAUGGAUGAGGACCAGGAAGAAGUAAAACUCCUUGAGAAGGCCAACCCAAAUGAACAAGUGUCACUCCAAAGUGAAGU